AUGAGUGCCAACUCGGGUCGAGAUGCGGACAAAGCACAGGGCUAUAUCGCUGCUCUGGACAAUGCGCGAAGCGAAGACAAAUGGAGCGACGUCCCUGAGUUGAUUCGCAAAGUAACCAAGCAUGCUCCGCAUCGAAAAUGUCUGAUCCAAACAGCGCAUGCAGAAAUACAAGUCGUCGCCCACAUUACCAAGACUCGACCAGCAACGGCCAAAGGCCAAACCACCCCGAAUCAUGUAUCCAAUCUCUCAGAGUUGAUCCCUGAACUCAUUGCGGCCAUCGAAGCCGCCGACGGAACCCCGCAGGAUGUAUUCCAGGCUCAGGUCUGCUUAGGGUGGAUUCACUGGACAUUGUCGGAACCUGGACUAGCCGUCGUUCGGCUGCCCAAGGAACUCGACGACACGACGAUCGCUUCUCUUUCGGAAGGAGGGAAAGGACUUACGAAAUGGACAGAGGUGUGCAUAGUCAAGGCGGGCUACAUAAAGAGCGCCGCUCAAGCUCUGAUAUCCACCCCAGACGCAGCUCUUGAGACUGCAUCUACCGUCUUACCCCGGCUUGCCAUACCAAACCAGUCAUUAGCUUCUUGUCCUCAGGCCCUCUAUUGGUCAGAACUUUUUCUUUCAAAGGUGGCAAUGCUGGCAAGCGGGGAGGUCAUAUCAAACGAUGCCGGAAACUAUGACUUCGAGAUCGAAACGGCAUUGAAAGCAUUCAGACUGUGGUCGGGACAUCCUCAUAUCAAGGGCCGAGAUAUUGCAGCCAGCCUAAGGGGCAUCCAGAGCGGGUCAUCUCAUCAUAACGACUCCCAAUCGUCUAUCUGGAUGGCAUACUAUAGACUUUUGUCACUGAUAUUGCAAUACGGACUUUCGUACUUUCCGCUAUCUUCGGGAUCACCUCGUCGUCAGCUAGCCACAGAGAUUCGCCGUGUGGAAACCGUUUGCGAAUCUGUCUUACUGAGAGAAACUAAAUUUCCAUUGGCGAGUGACAGCAACCCGCAAGUAGAAGCAUGGGUCGAGGACGUCAUAAGUAACUGGGAGGUCUUGUGCGGACCGAGCUGGCGAGAUGAUGAUCUUGGAGAAGGUGGACAAGACGCCAUUAGCCGUAAUGUCUUAGAUAUCCUCUACCGAGCUUCAACAAAAACCUAUCAUUCACAUUCCAUUUUGCGGCGGUUAUUUCAUGUCCAUGCAGCAUUGGCGGAAUUCGACCUUGCUAUGAAGGCACUCAACACCUACGUCGAGAUUGUAGUAAGCGCCAAAGACAGGGCAGAAAAGGCAGCUGAAAUUGGGCAUUUGGAAAGCGACGAAAUCCUACUACAAACAGUUUCUGAGGGUGUGCUGCUGCUAUGUUGCUUCGGAUCUGAAGACGAAGCGCGGAAAGCCAAGGAGCUCAUUACAAUCUUGGAAAAGUAUAUCGAGAAAGAUAUUGCGGACGAUCUCAACUCAACCAACAGGCAAGGAGAAGAAGCAUCUCGUGUGCCUUCGCAUGUCAUUGCUUUAGCUUACAGAGCUAUUGGCAUUGGCUUGGGUAAUUGGUCAAGAUGGACUCCAACAACCGAGGUUCGCAACGAUCUACGUGCAGAGGCUAUCGAAAACUUGGAAAGAAGUAUAGCUCCAGAAUUCGAGUCGGAAUAUGAUCUUUCAUCUCGAUAUGCUCUGGCACUCCUGCUUGCCGAAUCUCGUGAUCUAGAUAGUGCAAUUAGCCACGUGAAAAUGGCGCUUACUCCUAGAGAUGGGUCGGCACUCUCAGGACCUGGACCUGGCAUGCCAGAGUUGCAUCAGUCAGGGGAGCGAGAUAAAAUACCACUUUGGCAUUUGUUAGCAUUGCUGCUUAGUGCCAAGCAGGAAUUCGAUAUCGCUGGUCGCACCUGUGAAGCUGCAUUUGACCAGCUUCCUUCUUCGGUGACCAUACCAGGUCAUAACAAUGAGCGCAUCAACCGUGAUAGUAAUAAGAAGCAGGACCUAUUGGCAAAAAAUAAGGACUUCAUACGGCAUUUGCAAGGCCGUGAAAAAGAACGCAUCGUUGAGACACGCAUGACGCAACUUGCACUCCUUGAAAUUACGGAUGGACCAGAGGUUGCUGUGAACCAUAGCGAUAAUUUGCUAGCGUUGUUUGCGGCUCUAUUUGAGGAUUUAGAGCUGGAAGUUUCCAAGGAGGAAGUCUCACAGCUUCACCAACAACAACAUCUCGGGCCCCCAAAAAGCUCCGCGGGUACUGUAAAAAGCUUCCGGGGAAGCAUUUUUGGAAGAAAAAAAGGAUCGAAGAUACCAGACCGAUCACUCAAUGACAGUGAUACAAUACCUCCUUUACCCAAUGAAGCAUCGUCUGUCGGUGCAGAUGCUCCAAUGAUCAUGGUUACUCCUGAAACAGCCAAUAAGACCCAACAGAAUUCUCAGAUAGAGAAACAGAACGGAUCCAUUAACAGUAUAGAUGCCCCUCAAAACGAGAAAGGUGAUAUCGACGCAGAAGCAAUAGGUAUCGCCAUAUCUGAUCCUGGAAUAUCGCCGACUUCGCAUGCAGGCCCCAGAGAAAGCGCCAAGCACUCAUUACCCGCCGUCGCUCAUAAUUUAAAUCCUAAAAGCGAGCCUUCUCCAGUCGGUCACAGAGAUCAGCCACCAGAACAAGACGUCCGCUUGCCGACGCCUCACCGUAGCUCUCCAACGAAAGCUCUUACCAAAUUCCCAGUUCUUCAAGCACAAAAACAUGCCAUCUCAGUGCUCGUCAAAGUAUGGCUUCUCAUUUCAGGCAUGUAUCGCCGAGCCUCCCUUUACGACGAUGCUCUUGAAGCUUGCGAAGAAGCAUCAAAACAAGUCGGAGCCUUCGAAGCACUUGUAGCCGCGGAGGAAUCUUCUGCUCGCGCAUUUGUCAGCCCUGUAUGGGGUGUAGCCAAGAGCACAGAAGCGCUAUGGGCGGAUGUACACGCGGAGAAGGGGGCACUUUCUGAAGCUCAAUCUUUGACACACGAAGCAAUGCAGUGCUACGAAGAGGCCAUCUCUUGCUUUCCCGACCAUCCCAAGGCGACCGUUGCUCUAUCGAAUCUGCUGCUGGAUGCUUGGGAAGAGAAGAUCCCACUAGAGCCGGUAGAGCCUCGAAUUGAUAGUGACUUCGUUGGCCCAUCGACUAGCGGGUCUUCCACAAUCAAUGGCAUUUCCGAAACGUCUCCAGAGACAACACAAGCGAACGGCGUGACCAAGACACUCAGAACCCCCAAUGGAGUGUCAAAUACGCUGUCUAAAACGUCAAGCAAUACCAAUGAGCCAGAAUACAUAAGUCGACUAGCCGCCCGAGACCGUGCCUAUGGUCUCAUCUCAAUGUUGACAAAAACAGGAUCAUCAUGGGACAAUUCCGAAGCAUGGUUCACACUGUCCCGAGCCUACGAAGCGGGUUCACAAAUCGAAAAAGCCAAGGAGAUUUUGUGGUGGUGUAUUGAGCUCGAAGACCGGAAACCCAUUAGACAUUGGUGGAACUUGGGUGCUGGAGGUUAUGUCCUUUGA